ACUUUGGAAGAACAAGACAUUAAUAUGGCAACACUGAAUCCAAAUACCCAGACUUUAGAAGAACAAGACACUAAUACGGUAACACUGGAUCUUUUUAUACAAAUUGAUCGAGGCUUAAAUCGCAUUGAAAAUCACAUUAGAGGUGUCGGUACUCCAUUAAAUAAUCCUAUCAAUAUUAUAAAUGGCAUUAGAGGAUCUUUGAAUGUUGUCCGUCUUAAUUACCAGACUGCAUAUCAGGAUAUUAAUGGCGUCAUUGCCGAACGAGAUGCUCGGGACAAUCAAAUAGUGCGGUUACAACAAGAU